AUGGAUCGCGCAAGGAAGCGCCAACUGCGCUCCCUGAACGAACGCGCCUGGGCUGGCGAGACGGACUCUUCGCUCAAGAAGAACACUGCCUUCAUCAAGAGGCUUCGAACCGCCAUCUCUGCCGCCACCCUCAACACGUUCAUCCAAGAGAUCCGGACCCUCAGCCUUCACAAGUACCUGUCUGAGAUCAUUUCGGCCUGUUACGAAGGACUAUGUCGACUCAAAUCACCCGGCGAGGUUGACGCCGGAGUGGAAAUUGUUAGCGCGCUUCAUCAGCGAUUCGGCGCCAGCGAGUUCACGGAACACCUAGGAUGGCUACUCGGCAAGGGCAUGGCAACACCCGACAAGAGCAUCCUCAAGACUCUGCCUCCGGAGGUUCGCGAAAAGGAGGAAAAGGAGCGCAUCAGCCGCCAACGCGUGCUCCUGCGAAUUGUAUCCGAACUAUGGCUUGUCGGGGUUUUGAAAACCCUCGAUGACAUCACGCGACCGGACGAUGCUACAAAGGGUGCAACAGGCAAGGUCACGGACCUCAAGUUGAAAACGAGUUCCAGCAAAGGCGGGGCCGCGGAGCCGUUUCCCUUGGAGGUGCUGAAGGAUCUGCUGGGCCACGAUCGGGAACACGCCAACUUGCCGCUGCUUGUCAUCUUCGUCAAAGCCUUCAGCUGGGAUAUUCUCGGCGUCCGACCUGCAGCCGCCGAGGGACGGAAGACUGUGGAGGAAGAUGGUGCCACACGGCCUGCGCAUGAGUUCUCGGGAGAAACCGAUGGUGCUGAUGGCCCUACGACCGACAGCGACGACAGCCCAUUCACUCCACCCGAGCUCCAGGAGAAGUUCAAGAGCAUCCUCAAACGUUACUUCGACGACGUCAAGAACCAUGUUCUACGCGACCAAAAGGCUAUCCAUUCGCAGGCGCGCCGCAACGCCGAGGCUUAUGUCAAGUCGGGGGAGGUGUUUGAGGACCGACAAUCCAACUACGAAAAGCAAGUCAAGUCGCAAGAAAGACUCGUUGCUAAUGCGCAAGCUAUCGCAGAUGUCAUCGGGGCCGAAAUGCCUGACCUCAAGGACCACGAAGAUGCUGGAGCCGCGAACGGCUCCAUUGGUCUGGUCAAAGCGGGAGAGUACCUCCGCGGCUUGGGCGAUGGUGCUGGCAUCUGGGAAGACGAAGAGGAGCGACGCUUCUACGAGAAUCUUGUGGAUCUGAAAGGCAAGGUGCCUGGGAUGCUUCUCGAGGACGGCAAGAAGAAAAAGCCCGAGAACGAUGAGCAGGUCGGAAAGAAGAUUGACGCCGCGGAUGUCGAAGCGCCAAAGCCGACCGAUGCCGCCGAUGACCAGUCGAUGGCCAUCGCGAACAAGACCAUUGGAGCUCAGGUCGAUGCAGUGCUAGCCCGACUGCCAGAACUAACGACAAAGGAUGCCAUCGAUGAAACAGCGAUUGACUUUUGCUUCCUCAACUCCAAGGCCUCGCGGAACAGGCUGAUCAAGGCUCUCACCGAGGUGCCCAAAGGCCGAGGAGACCUGCUCCCCUGCUGGGCACGCCUGGCUGCGACACUUGGCCAGUACAUGCCAGAUGUCCCCAAGGGACUUGUGGACUACCUUGAUGCUGAGUUCCGCAGCCUGCAGAGGCGCAAGGAGAAGGACUUUCUUGGUCAAGUCCGCUUGGGCAACAUUCGGUAUUUGGCUGAGCUAACCAAGUUCGGCAUUGUUCCUGAGCAUGUCGUGUUCCAUUGCCUGAAGGUCAGUAUGGAUGACUUCUCAAAGAUGAACAUUGAGAUUAUCUGCAAUCUUCUGGAGAAUUGUGGGCGUUACCUCCUGCGAAACCCUGAAACGUCGCCUCGCAUGGCAACUUUUCUCGAGACCCUCCAGCGAAAGAAGUCAGUCCAGCACAUCGGCCAAGCCGAGCGCAUGUUGAUCGAGAAUGCCGUUUACUAUGUUGAUCCGCCUGAACGCCCAGCCAUCGAGCAGAAGGAGCGUGACCCUAUGGAGCUGUUCAUCCGCAAGCUGAUUUACAUGGACAUGACUAAGCGCAACUUCAGUAAGAUUCUGAAGCAGAUUCGCAGACUUCACUGGGAAGAAACGGAGGUCGUCACCAUCCUCGAGAAGGUAUUUUCGAAGCCCGGCAAGGUCAAGUAUGGCAACAUUCACUUGCUGGCCAUCCUCAUGGGAGCCCUCUAUCGCUACCAUCCAGCCUUUGCAGUCAAGGUCAUUGACAACCUCAUCGAAUCCAUAUGCUUCGGUCUUGAACUUAAUGACUACAAAUAUUAUCAGCGACGCAUCGCCGAGGCGAAGUACUUGGGUGAGCUCUACAACUACCGAAUGGUCGAGCACCCUGUCAUUUUCGACGCCAUGUACAAGAUCGUGACCUUUGGUCACGGGGGUGUGCCUCACCCUGGCCGGUUCAACGCGUUCGAUCCUUCCGACGAUUUCUUCCGCAUCCGACUUGUGGCGAUCAUCCUGGAGACCUGUGGAGUCUACUUCACCAAGGGUGCUGCCGGCAAGAAAUUGGACCACUUUCUGUACUUCUUCCAGUACUACAUCUACACCAAGCAACCCCUGCCGAUGGAUAUCGAGUUCAUAGUUACUGAUGUCUUUGCACUGACGCGGCCCAACUGGCAACUGGCCACCAGCUACGAUGAAGCUGUCAAGGCUUUCCAACAGGCAGUCGCCAAUGACCAACGGAUGUCGGGUGCUGACAAGGCUGCCGAGGCUGCGGAAGUCGACGAUGCGUCCUCUGUCUCCUCGGAUGAUGACGAGGAUGGCGAUCCAGACCUACCCGAGGCUGAGGCGGACGGCGACGAGGAUGAGUCUGGCUCUGAAGAUGACAUUGAUGACGAGGACAACCACGGGUCAGCCAUGGACUCGCUUUCUGUGUCAGAAGAUGAGGCUAUCGUUGUCACGCGCCAAGAACAGCAGAUCGACCCAGAAGCCGAGGCCGAUUUUGAACGCGAGUAUGCAAAGAUGAUGGCCGAAAGUCUCGAGUCGCGCAAAUUUGAGCGAAAGCCGCUUUUCGAUGUUCCACUCCCGGUUCGUGGCAAGACCAAGGAGGCUUCUUCUGGAGCCGAGCCCAUAGAGCCAGCCACCUCUGGACCAGGACCCACGAUGGCAUUCUCCCUGCUCACGAAGAAGGGCAACCGCCAACAGGUCGGUCUCGCAUUCGCCUCCGCGUCGACGUUUUCUUUCUUCUUACUGACUAUAUUUCCAGACACGUACUGUUGA